AUGAUGGCCUCCGCCUCGUCCUCAGGCGGCGGCGCGCGUCCGUGGCGCACCGCGCUGCUCACCCUCCGCGACGAGUCGCUCGCCUCGCCCUCGCCCACGGCCCUCCUCGAGCUCCUCCGCCGCGUCCUCCUCUCCCCGGCCUCGGCCUCGCCCUCGCUCGCCGCGUCCGCCGCCGCGCUCUCCCCUCACGAGGUGGGCUCGGAUGUGGCGUUCCUCGCUGAAACGGCCGCGGCGGCGGCCUCUUGCCCCGGCGCCGACGACGCGCUGCGCGGUGUUUGCCACCUGAUUUAUGAUGUCAUGUGCAAAACAAAUAUGGAGAUUGACUCUUCUGGUUGGCUUGCAUUGUUGAAGUUUCUUGACACGCUUGUCAAAUGCUCGAUUGAGGGCGCAUGCGUGAAGGGCCUCUCUAGUAGGACAGCUGCAUUGAAUUCAACAUCUGAAUGUUUACAUAUCCUCAGGUUCUGGAGCAGGGAUUAUGGAAGAAGCGUUUCAUUAACUGAAAGUUCACAUUCACUAACAGUGCUCGUCUCGAUUGUAUCAUACUUGCAAGCUGAACUGAACAUCUCUGAUAAACCAGCAAAUGCCACUGGCAUUUCUUCCCGCAAUUCUGGAUCUGUGAAUAGUAAAAAUUCCAAUAUUUGGGAUAUGAAGAUAUCUGCAUUUUCCAUGGUGGAAGAUAUACUGAGUAAGGUUGCAUCAAAUAUGACAGAAAAUCUGUGGCAGUCUGUUAUUGAGGUCUUGAGGAAAGUUAUGGAUUUUGUCACAGCAAGGAACCUUGUUAUAGAGAGUAGCGUCAUGUCAAGAUUUUAUACUUCCUUUCUUCGUUGUCUACAUUUGGUUCUUGCGGAUCCCAAAGGACCACUUUCAGGGCAUGUUGCAGGGUUUGUGGCAAAUCUGCAAAUAUUUUUCAUAUAUGGGCUGAGGUCAUCUUCACCUCCUACACUAGCUCGAAAAGAAACUAGAACAGAUUCAAAACCCAGAGCUUCACAUGGACGAUAUAGACCACCUCAUUUGAGGAACAAGGAUGGAGGAGAGAAUGAUUCACUGGAAGGUCGAAAUUCAGAUAGUGAAUAUUCUCGGUAUGAUAUAAGCUCAUCAGACUCAGACCUGAGUGAUAGUGAUGGUUAUGCAAAAAGUGGAGAUCGCUUCCGGAGUUCAAAGGCUAGAUUAGCUGCCAUCCUUUGUAUACAGGAUAUCUGCCAUGCUGAUCCAAAGUUACUUACUUCACAAUGGCCAGUACUUUUGCCUGAGAAUGAUGUUCUCCAACAAAGGAAAUAUCAAGCAACUCUGAUGACAUGCUUGCUUUUUGAUCCUAUAACAAAGGUACGUGUUGAGGCAGCAUCAACCAUUGCUACCAUGCUGGAAGGGCAAGCAUUAGUUUUGACACAAGUUGCAGAGUACAAGGAGUCGUCCAAGCGUGGAUCUUUCACCACAUUAUCUUCCUCACUUGGUCAAAUAUUGAUGCAACUGCAUACAGGAGCACUAUACUUGAUACAGCGUGAAACUCAAGCUACUUUGCUUGUGGCAUUGUUCAGAGUUCUCAUUCUUUUGAUAUCUGCUACACCGUACACUCGGAUGCCAAAGGAGUUGUUGCCAACAGUCAUUAAAGUAUUGUGCAGUAGAAUACUGGACAAGCACUCGAACAAGACUGAACAUUAUGCCUUGCUGGUUAAUGUUCUAAGUUGCUUGGAGACAGCAUUUUCAAAAGUGCCACCAACUUUGGAUGUCUUUGUGGUUCUCACUGAGGAUUGCUGUGUUGGACCAUCACACGAUCAGGAAGAAUCAAAUGUUAUAGCUAUUCUUCUUCAUUGUAUAGAGGAGGAAAUGUAUUACAGUGUUAGACAUGGAGCUUUCCAGGUGCUGAGAUCAGCGGUUCACAACUACCCAAGCUGUGCAAAUAUGAUUUGGGAAAAACUUCGAGACAACGUUCUUGAUUUGUUGCAAAUACAAAGCUUUGAGGACCAAAAGUAUGAUGCUAACUUUGGGCCUCCUGGACCUAAAGAAGAAUCAUCAAUCAAGGAAAGAUGUCUUGUGGCUGGAAUAAAGGUAAUGGAUGAAUGUCUGCGUGUUUCAUCUGGAUUCAAAGGAGCAGAUGACAUCAAAGAAUGCAGAUUGCUGGAUAUUCAGCAAAUUGCUGAUUGUACCAUAAAUAAAACUAUUAAGUCUGCACCUCACUUCGAAAUGGAAGCUGCUGGAUCAUCACAGAAUUGCACUUUGGACAUAACACUUGGAACUAGCCGUUGGAUCGAGGUGAUAGAGACUCAUCUCCCUCAGGGAUUAUCCCAUGGCUCUGCUAUGGUCAGGACAGCAUCCCUCACAUGCUUUGCUGGCAUGACUUCUGAUGUAUUCUUCUCCCUGCCAGAAAAUAAGAGAGACUAUGUGACCUCCUCAUCUGUUCAUGCGGCAUUAAAUGAUACGGUUCCUAGUGUAAGAUCAGCUGCGUGUCGAGCUAUUGGCAUUGUUGCAUGUUUUCCUCAGAUAUUGUCAAGCUCUAGCCUACCAGGCAAGUUCAUAGAUGCCAUUGAGUUCAAUACACAUAAUUCAUCAACUCCAGUUCGUGUCACCGCUGCAUGGGCUUUGGCAAAUCUCUGUUCUUGUAUUCGUUUUAGAGCAUUGGAAGUGCAUACAGAUCCCUAUGCAGGUGUACUGAACAAAUCAAGCAUAUCUCUUUUGGUUGAAGUUGCUUUGCGUCUGGCCAAAGAUAGUGAAAAAGUAAAAUCAAACGCUGUUAGAGCUCUUGGUUAUCUUUCAAGAUUUAUCAGAUUCAAUUACCAGGCUGGCACAAUAAAUGACCCAAGUGAUUCAGUUUUUUAUGGAGAUCCGGUGUGGCUCGAAAGAAUGGUGCAGGCUUUGGUGUCUUGUGUGACAACUGGGAAUGUAAAGGUCCAAUGGAAUGUUUGCCAUGCCCUUAGCAACUUGUUCAUGAAUGAUACCUUGAGACUUCAAGACAUGCCUUGGGCAUCAAGUGUUUAUAGCAUACUUCUACUUCUAAUCCGUGACUCCAACAAUUAUAAGAUAAAGAUGCAUGCAGCUGUUGCUCUAGCAGUGCCAGUGUCAAGGCUUGAUUACGGUAGCUCAUUUCCAGAUGUUGUUCGAGGCCUUGUGCAUGCUCUCGAGUCAUUGAAUUCAAACAAUUCAUCAUUACCUUCAAAUUUCAAACAGAAAGACAACCUUGAGAAGCAGGUUACGUUUACUGCUCUUCAUUUGCUUAGUUUUGUGUCACCAAAUGAUGAUCCAAGCCUGAAAGAUUUUCUUACAAAGAAAGCGUUGUUUCUAGAAGACUGGCUGAAAUCAUUAUGCACAUCAUUCAAUAAUAAUGAGCACCAGCCCUUGCCAACGGAGGCCAUAAAUGAUGAGGAUGGUUUCAGGCCAAACGUGACUCAGAAAGUUAUGCUCUCCUCUGCCCUGCAGUCCUUGCUUGGCAUAUAUACGGGCAGAAACCAGCAAGCUAUUACCCAGAGAUUUGAGCAACUAGCUAGAAGCAUCGCGUGA